UGGGAACCUCCACGAUUAACCCAUCGUUCUUUCCCAACCUCUUUGUCCUUCCAUCCGUUUCUCAACAACCAACACACGACACGAUAUUCCCGACAGCAACAGCAUUAUUCAAGACAGUUUCUGCGUGCGCACACAUAACAAUCGAUUGAAAACCCCAGGAUUGAGAAGAAAAGGCAAUGUCGGGCCCUCGCACAAAGCGCCAAUUCGCCGGCGCAGCCAGCGAUCCCUCGCAACGCCAAAUCACUUCGUUCUUUGCGAAGACCUCGUCCUCAACCACAUGCGCUGAUUCUGCGUCGACUUCCACAAAGCAGACCGCCCUCGAUUCUCCUCAUCUCACACCACAGGUACAAACCGACCUUCUGACGGUCGGCAUGCGGGUCCGCAAGGCCAUCCCGGAAGGCUACAAGACGGGCAGCACCUACAGCGCCUUCUCGCUCUGGGCGGAAACCAACAACAGCACAAGGAAUUCUCGCCAAACUCCGGCAGCAAUUACGCCAGCGUAUGCGUCAACGAUGCGCGAGCUCGAGCCAUUCUGCGGAAUCAAUAAAGUUGGAGGAUUGGCCUUCCAACCAGCACACAGCACUUCUGACGAUGAAGAUGCCAUGCCCGGCCUCACAAGCAGUCAAGAUACGGUAGCCAGCGAUGCAAGCAACUUCACCUCUUUCACGAGCCCCAACCUCAAUACCACCACGGCGACUGCUUCAACCCGCAAACGCUCCUUCACCGCCGAGGAAGACGAAAUCACCUGCAACCCACUACAACAUAACGGCCCCUUCCGCCUACGUAGCGACAGCCACGAUGCUUGGCUUGAAGAGGAGAUUUCGCCGCGCAGCUUAACUCCUCCGGCCGGAUUGUGGCAGAAUGCACGGUUGCUAGCUGUGCCUCGGCGGCCCAGGCAGGGCAGAAAGGUCGCGACCGCCGGGGACGAAGCGAGAGUGGGACAAGAGAAUAUCAUGGUCGAUAUCCAGGGCAUGGUGGAUGGGAAUGAUUUCGAAGAGGCCAGUUUCCUGGAUUAUGGACUGGGCGUGGACGGGAACAUGGAGAUUGAGUAGUGGGGUCUUACGGUUUUUAACAGGGCGAACUGAUGCCUAGGGUGCUGGUGUGUUUUGCAUUGUAGCGUUUUUGGCGUUGGUGGUAUUACGUGGUGUGGUUGGGUUCCGCUUCGAUCGGCUGGGAUGAACGGGUUGCAUUAUACCAUGGUGGUCUUCUGCGAACUGCAUUCUUUUCCAAAGGCAUAUGGCGUUCUAGGUUUUAGCUG